CACACCUUGAAGUUUGGUGUUCUUGCUCGAAUCCCACCAUCUCUCUUGCGAAUGAUUGCCGCCUUUGACACGUGCUGUGUUGAUAGCAGCGUCUGUUGCAACAGUGUCUGCAGCGGGUUCAUGUUCCGCGCUAGAGGCAAGGAGGAGGUGGAGGUAGAAGGAAGGAGGGUCGCACUCCACAGCACACGCACACAGCACAGCGUUGUUUGUCCACACCACACGCACACAGCACAGCGUUGUUUGUUCGUUGCCAGCGGCGUCCUGUCUUGUGUGUUUUUGUGAGCCGUUAUUGAUUGUGGAACGCGCACCACCAUUACUGCUCGCUUGUUGUUGUGUUGCUGUCUCCUCUCUGUCUGUCUUGUUGGGAUGGAGUCUCGGACACAUCCGCUCGACCGGGCGCUGCCCCGCGUACCCCGUGAUAUCAGUUUGAGCACGUAUGCGCUGCUGUUCUCCGAGGUGGUCCGGUACACAACAAACAGAGUCAACUCUGUCCCUGAACUUGAACAAAAGCUGGCAGUGAUUGGACGCCGCGUUGGCGUGCGGUUGGUUGAGGUCAUGGCGAUGCGGGACAGGACGUCCAGAAGACGAAUCAAGAUCCACGACGUGCUUGCCUUCUUGCAGACCAACCUCUGGCGGACGCUGUUUGGCAAGCCUGCAGAUCUCCUUGAGCAAGUCACCAGCGACGUGUGCAGCUACAUGCUGUCCGACCACGACAUGCUCGUGAACAAGUUCAUCUCCAUCAGCAAGGAAUACGGGGAUUUGAAUUGUGCUGCCUUUGUUGGCGGGAUUGUCGAGGCAGCGGUUGAUGGCAUGGGAUUUCCGGCGGAAGUGGCGGCGCAUACGGUGGAGGGGAAAGGCACGACGCUUCUGAUCAAGUUUGACCACACCAAGAUACCGCAGGAAGCUCUCUAAAUGGCGUGUGUGUUUCUCCCUCCCUCUUUGCGUUUGCUUGUUUGUGUUUGAUUGCUUGUGUUUGUUUGUUCGUGGUCCUCCUCCUUCCUUCCCCUUCUUCCUCUUCCUUCUUCUUCUCCUCUGCUUCUCCUUCAACCUGUCGCUGUUCGAUCAGGAUCAUCCAACUCUUCGCAUGUACUGUUGCCAUCACCAAUUGCCAUCACAAUUACCAUCACAUAUUGCCA